UUUACAGCCCUAAGGCCAGGUGCUUGUCCGGUUGGUUUUGCCCUGGUCGGGGUUUUAGUCUGGAAUUUGCACCCUUUUUUGCAUCCGUGUGUUGUCCCUGUCUCUCCCUCCCUCUUCUGUUUCUGAACAACAGAAGCAGCUGGUAGCACCCUGGGGUCCUUUUUCUGGUGCCAGCGACCAGCUCUGCGUCUCUACAUGGGAGAAGCAUAACUGCAGUCUCUCCCUAAUCCUGUUGCCGGCCAGCCUCACCUUGCCCUGCUCACCCACCUCCCCCUACACCGAUCAUGGCUUUGCUCCAUCACAUCAGCCUCCUCCUUCUUUUCACUGUGCCCCUUUCCCGGGCUGCAAGCCAGUCCCCACUGUCCCCCAGCGCCCCGCCUGCCGUCCCUGCUCUGCCCCUCCUGCAGGCCCUGCAAACGCGGGCACCGGGCAGCCGGGGCUGGCGAAUGGGGCCAGUGGGGGGGCAACACCUGCACUACAUGCUGAGCCUGUACCGGCGCGCUGCUGACCGCGAAGGACGACCCCGCCACAGCCGCAGCCUGGGCACCAACACCAUCCGCCUGGUCCGGACCAGUCCCCAUGGGGGCCAGCCCUGGGCAGGUCGCUGGUACGUCCAGCCCCUCACUUACCGCCUGGAGGGCCAGUCUGAGGCCGAGCACCUCCUCCGAGCCACUGUAGUCUACCUGCCGAGCCUACCGCUAGCCCGUGGUCGCCUCCUCUGUGCCCUAGAGCUGUCAGACACCAGCAACGGACCCGGGGCGCUGCUCAGCCCUGUCGCCCGCCCGCGCCGCGGCUGGGCAGAAGCGGAUGUCACCCCUUACCUGGUGCCAGGGAACGGCAGCGCAGAGAGCCUGGCACUGCGGCACGUCUGUGUACGUGCCGGCCGGGCCAGUGGCCGUGAUGCCCCAGUAAUACCCAGCCACCCCUUCCUCCUCCUUUACCUCAAUGACACCCAGGCUGGACUUGCAUCUCUGGCGGCAGAGCCCCAUCGGCACCGGCGUGACACGGGGAUACUGGCCCACGACCUGCCGAGCUACUUACAGGAGCAGGAAGGGGAGAAGAGUGACUGCUCCCUGCGCCCCUUCCCCGUCAGCUUUGCUCAGCUGGGCUGGGACCACUGGAUCAUCGCUCCCCAUCGCUACAACCCGCGCUACUGCAAGGGUGCCUGUCCCCGCCUGCUCCGCCACGACUACCACUCACCCAACCACGCUGUGGUGCAAAGCUUUGUCCAUCAGCUGGUGGAUGCCAAUGUGCCCUGGCCCUCCUGCGUCCCCUACCGCUACAGCCCCAUCAGCGUUCUCAUGAUUGAGCGUGAUGGCAGCAUCCUCUACAAGGAGUAUGAGAACAUGAUAGCAGAGUCCUGCACCUGCCGGUAAUGCUGCCUGGGCACAUUGCCCCAGGCUCUGCUCGACCCUGCCACAUCGAACUCCAGGGACUGUCUUGCUCUGCCUGGGGUGAUUCAUCUCCCUUCCCUGCGUGGCCGCUCUUCUACAGGAAGG